AUGACCACGGAUUCUCUCUCGGCUGCCCAUCCUCGAGUGGACGCUAGCGACGUGCUCGACAAAAUGACCGAGAGUCAAGCAAGUGCCACCGAGAUUGGGGCGGCAGAAUUCAUGUCUCGGUUGGAUUCUUCACACACCCAAGGCCUCGAUGAGCUCAACUUCAGCGUUAGUGAUAGCUAUGCCGCGGAGGAUGAAGAAGCCGAAGAAGAGGUGACCGAGGUGGCGGCGACAAAAGAGAAUGGCAAGAAGCCGAAGAAGAGAUCCACCAACUAUAGUGAAGAAGAAGACGUUGCAUUGUGCCAUGCUUGGAUGAACAUUUCGCAUGAUGCAUCAGUUGGCACCAAUCAAUGCAAGGAAAAGUUUUGGCAAAGAAUUGAAGAGCACUACCGCAGUGUUGUCAAGAUACCGUCCUACCGCACCCAAGGCUCUCUUAGUCAUCGUUGGGACGCAAUACUUGAGUGUUGCAAUCGGUGGACCGGCACCAUUGAGACGGUGAACAAUUCACCACCAAGUGGUGUGCUAAUCACCCAAUAUAUGUCAUUGCAACAGGAAGUGUACAAGCAUCGCAACAAGAAGGGUGGCCACAAAGCUUUUACAUUAUUUCAUUACUACAAGGAACUAGAGGGCAAUAAGAAGUGGCUAAGAAGAAACUAUGAGACUACACCCAAGUGGCAAAGCUCUUGA